UCUUGUAUAAAUAACAGGCCAUGGUUGGCAGGCCAUUGAUGUAGCUCGCUAGCUAGCUCGAUCUGGAUGAAUGAGAGACACGCAAGUCAUUUUUUUUUCUUAGUAAUGCCAGACAUGAUGUACAGUUUUUCAUCAUUUGAUCAGAUUGCAUCUGAGUGAUUUGAUAAAUUGCGGAUAAUAACUAGCUUGCUAACGUUUGCUAGCUAGCUAAUUUACUGAGUGGCGUGAGCUGAAUCUAUCUACGAAGAUAAUACUAUGCCAACCCUAACCUAGUGUUGCAGGAGGUUCGCGCCAGCAUGUCUGUGUCUGUGAUCAUUAAAUGGGGAGGGCAGGAGUACUCCAUCAGGACACUCUCCGAAGAGGACACUGUGCUGGACCUCAAGCAGUCCAUCAAGUCCCUGACAGGGGUUCUCCCAGAGAGGCAGAAACUCCUAGGUUUAAAGGUCAAAGGCAAACCAGCAGAGGACCAAGUGAAGCUUGGUUCACUAAAGCUGAAACCCAAUACCAAGAUCAUGAUGAUGGGCAGCAGGGAGGAGAGUCUGGAAGACGUUUUAGCACCUCCCCCAGAGAAUGAUGACGUUGUCAAUGACUUUGACAUUGAAGAAGAGGUGAUUGAAGUACAGAACAGAGAGGAGAACUUGGCCAAGAUAGCCCGCCGUGUGAAAGACUACAAAGUGGAGGGGAUGAACCCACCCAGGGUAGGAAAGAGUCUGUUGGUACUAGAUGUGGACUACACGUUGUUUGAUCACAAGUCAUGUGCCGAGACGGGACAGGAGCUCAUGAGGCCUUUUCUCCAUGAGUUCCUGACCUCGGCGUAUGAGGACUAUGACAUCGCCAUCUGGUCUGCCACGAGUAUGAAGUGGAUUGAUGCUAAAAUGAAAGAGCUGGGAGUGACAGACAACCCUAACUACAAGAUCACCUUCAUGCUGGACAGUGCAGCCAUGAUCACCGUGCACACGCCUAAGAGGGGUGUAGUGGAGGUCAAGCCUCUCGGGGUAAUAUGGGGAAAGUACAGUGAGUUCUACAGCAAGAGGAACACUAUCAUGUUUGACGACAUUGGCAGAAAUUUCCUAAUGAACCCACAGAACGGACUGAAGGUUGAUAACCACAUUGUCGUCCAUCAGAUUCGUCCAUUCAUGAAAGCGCACUUAAACCGUGAGAAAGACAAAGAGCUCUUCAAACUCUCUCAGUAUCUUAAAGAGAUUGCCAAACUGGAGGACUUCUCAGGUCUCAACCAUAAGCACUGGGAGAGGUAUCGUGCAAAGAAACAAAGCCAGUGAGAGCAAUGUUGUGGAUAUGUGAAGGGAUGGUCAUUCCUCAACCAGGAACAGUGCUGGACACUCAAGCCCUCACAAAACUACUACUGCCUGUUUCUGACUGGGAGCUGUUUCCUAUUGUUUGGCUUUUAAACAAACUUCUGUUCUUCCCUCAUCUAUGUCUUUCUCUGUUGACUUUAGUCUGAGAGACAGUAAAUACUAUACACCCAUCAGUACUCGGUUUACAUGCAAUGGUUUUUAUGUUAGGUUUCACCCAAUCGUUCUUUCAGAUCAGUGACUGUCAUCUGUAGCUAUGAAACUUAACCUCAGAGUUAUACGAACAUGAGUUUGUUCUGUACUGAUAGUGUUCUGUAUUCUCUAUUCUCUCCUCUUCCCCCUGCGGCUCUCUCCUCUUCCCCCUGCGGCUCUCUCCUCUUCCCCCUGCGGCUCUCUCCUCUUCCCCCUGUGGCUCUCUCCUCUUCCCCCUGCGGCU